GGAGUUAAGGGAAAAGAGCGGAGAGAAGCUAAGUGGGCAAGGAAGUUCAACACUCCUCCCCUGUGCACCCUCAAUUAUUCCCAUAAAUAUUAGUAAGCUUUAAGCCGAGAACUCGCAGCACAAAGUCACGAAGGCUGUGGCACUUAGACGUCCUUCUUUUUAUCCCUUUAACUCAGGCAUCCGCAGACCGUUGGCAAACCUCACCAGUUCCAGCUUGCACUUUUCCCCCUCAGUUUACAGAGGUGCUGCUGUUACGUGUCACCCACCGAAGGCUGUGCAUUUUCAAUACUUCACCACAAGUGACCUGCACCCCCUCUCCCUCUCCCUCUCUCUUCUGUUGCUUUAUAUUUCGACAUGCAUGCAUCUCGCUGCGGUGCAAAGGACUGGAAUUUCUGGUUUGAUUUUUGAAGAAAGAAAGAAAGAAAGAAAGAAAGAAAGAAAGAAAGAAAGAAAGAAAGAAAGAAAGAAAGACCGAUCCUAGCUCUGACAGCGACUUAAGGAUUGCUAUCGGCGGCUCAUCGACUGUGGUGUGGGGAGCAAUUGUCACUUCAGCACAAAGACGGAGGGAAUUUUUUUGAAGCAAAGACAAGAAUUUAAAACACCUUCAACGACAGGGACUCCGCGAUGAGCAAACCUGCAGGGUCAACAAGUCGCAUUUUGGAUAUCCCAUGCAAAGUGUGCGGGGAUCGCAGCUCUGGGAAACAUUAUGGGGUGUACGCAUGUGAUGGCUGUUCUGGAUUUUUUAAAAGAAGCAUUCGAAGAAAUAGAACAUAUGUUUGUAAAUCGGGAAAUCAGGGAGGUUGUCCUGUUGAUAAAACGCACAGAAAUCAGUGUCGAGCCUGUAGGUUGAAAAAGUGUCUGGAAGUGAAUAUGAACAAAGAUGCCGUCCAGCAUGAACGAGGACCCAGGACAUCCACAAUAAGAAAACAAGUGGCUCUCUAUUUUAGAGGACACAAGGAGGUGAACGGAACGACGCCACACUUUCCCGCAGGCGCCAUUCCCGGUCCUGCCUUCUUCACCGCAGUCACGCAGCUGGAAGCGCACAGUUUGGAGCUCUCUGCAGUGGCUGGCACGCCGGAGAGGCAAGCCAUCGUGGGUCUGGCUCAACCCACUCCAAAGUAUCCUCACGAAGUGAACGGAACCCCGAUGUACCUCUACGAAGUGGCCACUGAAUCCGUCUGCGAGUCUGCUGCAAGGCUGCUAUUUAUGAGCAUCAAGUGGGCAAAAAGCGUACCGGCCUUCUCUACUCUGCCCCUGCAGGACCAGCUAAUUCUGUUAGAAGACGCCUGGAGGGAGCUGUUCGUUUUAGGCAUUGCACAAUGGGCCAUUCCUGUAGAUUCGAGUACUCUGUUGGCGGUUUCUGGUUUAAAUUCAGAGAACACAGACACCCAGAGGCUAAACAAAAUCAUCUCGGAAAUUCAAGCGCUUCAAGAGGUAGUUGCACGCUUCAGACAACUCCGACUCGACGCUACUGAGUUCGCAUGUCUCAAGUGUAUAGUAACAUUCAAAGCUGUGCCUUGCACUCACAGCGGGUCUGAGCUAAGAAGUUUUCGCAAUGCGGCGGCCAUUGCCUCGCUACAGGACGAAGCCCAGCUUACUCUCAACAGUUACAUACACACCAGAUACCCAACUCAGCCAUGCAGAUUUGGAAAACUCUUGCUACUUCUGCCAGCGUUAAGAUCGGUGAGUCCAUCCACGAUCGAAGAAGUGUUUUUUAAGAAGACGAUAGGCAACGUGCCCAUCACUCGGCUUCUUUCUGACAUGUACAAAUCCAGUGACAUCUGAGAGGCCAACGCUUCAUGUGAACUCUUCUCAAAGACUGAACGUCGAAAGGAAAGCAGGGAUUUAAUAUUGUCUAUUCUAAAGGACAUUUGUCAUUCUAUGCUGUCAGAAAUGUCGGUAAAGGAAAGUAAAUGGUUUAAGAGUACAUGAAAACUCUUCUGCUCGUAAUAUCCAAGAAAAAAAGGAGUUUACAUUUCAGUAAGGCUUUCUAUUACUCGCGCCUGGAAUUCCGUUUUAAUUAGUCUGAAAAACACUAUUGAUAAAGGAGUCAGCGACGAAACCGAUCUGGUUCAAUUUUAGAAAUAUGGAAAGUCUUUUCUUUUUUGUACUCAGCAGUACCUUUUUAGCACUGUCUUUAUCCUCGCCAAAUGUAAAUGCAUCAUAUCAGUUAUUUUCGUUGAAUGACAAGACAACCUGCCACGUAAAAUAACAGCGUUCUGAGCAUUACAUCCAGCCUAAACAUGCUCCACAAAUAAGAUCUGUUGCCGACUGAUAUGCGUGGACGUUAAUGUAAUGCUAUUUGCUUUACGCGCACUUAACUGCUAUUUACAAUACGUAUAAGCUUUAUGUUUAUCUGCGUUUGCUGAGCGCAAGUCAACUUUACACAGCAGAGGAAGCCAAAUACACAGAAAAACAGACGCAGUCCGGUCGCUGUCCCCGACGUCAGUGCUGAAAUUGAAAUCGCUCCGAAAAGCAACACAGAUCACCUGAAGGGAAAGAAAUCAAUGCGUUGGAGCAGCAUUUCGAGGCAAUUUCAAUGGAGUGGACAGAAGAAAAAGUUGUACAGCUCUUAGUGCCUUCGAUCAGUGCUUGACAGGUUCAGUCCUCAAUUUAAGACUGGGCCGCUUAAGCUGUUGUAAAUAAAUCAGUUUCAUUUAAUGCCAUCUUUGCGUUGUGGCGGCUUGAAAACGGUUGCUUUGUUUAAGUAAAUAUACUAGCACUGAGAAAUACAGCACUUGGGAUUUUAUAGGGUGUAUACUUUUUUUGUUGUAAAAAGUGAAGUAAUACCUGAUUGUGGAACUUGUUCUGAUCAACAUGUUUAGAAUAAAACGAUUUGAAUUGAAUUAAA